CCACUCCCCUAACUGCCGUCGGAACUCUGCUCCUCGGUGCCGGCCCGCCCGUCCCGGGGUGACCGCUGCGGGAGCCGGAGGCGUCGGGAGGACCAGGGACAAUGGACGUGGAGGUCAGGGAGCCGGUCGACCUCAGUAGCGGAGAUCACCAGCAUCUGGCCCGGAAAGCCGCGGACGAGGGCUCCCAGCCCAAACCGAAGCAGGCCAAGGCAACGGCACCGGCACCGGAGCCCAAGCAAACGGCCCGGAAACCACCUCCGAAGACGGACCAGCGCGCGGAUUCCUACGUGGUGGACAUUUCGGAGGAGACCACCCCUGAGGAGAGCAAUACCGUGGCCAGCCCCUUCUCCGAAGAAUCCAUCCGCAGAGGUUUCAUUGUAAAAGUGUUCCUCCUCCUGUCUGCUCAGCUGGUGGUCACCGGGACAAUUAUAGGUGUAUUUAUUUUCUGGCCAGGUUUAAAAAACUGGGUGCACAAGAAUCCCUGGUUCACCUAUGCCAUCUUCCCAGCAUUUUUCGCUGUGCUCAUCGUGCUCGCCUGCUGUGAGAAAAUGCGCCGCCAGGUGCCUGCGAACUACAUCCUGCUGGGACUGUUCACAGUUUUGGAAGGUCUGAUGCUAGGAGCCGUGUCAGUUUUCUAUGGUGCCGAGGAGGUGUUAUGGGCCAUCGGGGCAACUGCUCUGGUGACGUUAUCGCUCACUUUAUUUGCUCUCCAAACAAAACUGGACUUCACCCUGCUCCACGGAGUGCUGUUCGUCUCGCUGGUGGUGCUUUUUAUCUACGGAAUCCUCUUACUCUUCAUACGGUCAUACUGGCUGCACCUGCUGUAUGCUGGACUCGGAACUGUGCUCUUCUCACUUUACUUGGUGAUGGAUGUGCAGCUGAUGGUGGGGGGGAGCCAUCAUUUGAAGCUGGACCCUGAAGAGUAUGUGUUUGCUGCUCUGAACAUCUACUUGGAUAUAAUCAACCUUUUCCUUUUUAUUUUGCAACUGAUUGGACGGUAG